AUGCGUCCAGCUCCCGCGCCUCCCCAAUGGCGCAAAAUCGCUGCUGGCCGAAUGUCCUCGCAGCCGUCCGCAUCUGUGCGUCGACGACUGAAGUCCAAGGCUCCAUACGCGAAUCUGCUCCGUCGCUUGCUGGGCCCUAGACGCUUCUCCAGGUGGCUCUCGACCGCCGUUCAACGUUUUGCGAUGGCGCUGACACUCGACGCCCAGAGCUCCAUCUUGGCCGCGAUGCAGACCCCCGUUGUAAGACUCACCGACGAGUUGUGCGGCCUUGUCCGGCUGCAAAUGGACCAUCCGGAGGUUCUGCCGCUGAGGCCACUUCCUCAGCAUACUGGCAUCGGGAUUGGCACUCGGCACACCACUGCCCAGGAUCAAGAAAACGCUGGGCUGGUUGAUAAGACUGUCACGUGGAUGCUUGCCCCGGUGUUCUUCUGCUGCAUCGUCGCAGAGAAAGCCAAGCCACCUCAAUCGUGGGAAGCCACCGAAGUCUUCAGCCGAGUCGUCGUGUCUUUCAUGCUGAAGCUGUUUGUGCUAGCAACGGAUCUGACUGGGGGGCACCACCAAAGGCAGAGCAUGCAACGAUUCAAUGAAGACAAGCAACAAGUGUAA